ACGUGGGCAGUCACGUGAUCUCAAACUACCCUGACGUCAGAGCCAACAUGUCUCCCUGAAAGAACUCAUUAGUUUGAGUCUCAGCCUCGAUAAUCCGGUUCCGUUUGCACCGGGUUUUACCGGCGGAGGACAUGAAGACGUUCUGCGGCGGAGCGAACCCGACCACCGGUGCUCCGGACCGGGAGGAGGAGAGCGAGGAGUUCGACGAGUUCGACUACCACCAGGAGAUCGCUCGGUCCUGUUAUGCUGAUAUGCUGCACGAUCAUGACAGGAAUGAGAAAUAUUAUGAGGGAAUCCGUGGCGCUGUGGCGAGACUGAAGGCUCGUGGCGAGACGGUCAUCGUUCUGGACAUCGGGACGGGAACCGGCCUGCUGUCCAUGAUGGCCGUCACGGCCGGAGCGGAUCUCUGCUACGCUGUGGAGGUUUUUAAGCCCAUGGCAGAAGCGGCUCAGAACAUCGUGCAGAGAAACGGUUUUUCUGACCAGAUCAAGAUCAUCAACAAACAUUCCUCUGACGUCUCCGUGGGACCAGAUGCAGACAUGCAGACGAGGGCCAACCUCCUGAUCACAGAGCUGUUCGAUACUGAGCUGAUCGGGGAAGGAGCUCUGCCCAGUUACGAGCACGCCCACCGACACCUGGUCCAGGAGCGCUGCGAGGCCGUCCCCCACAGAGCCACCGUCUACGCCCAGCUGGUGGAGUCGGAGCUGCUGUGGGGCUGGACGCAGCUGCAGCCGACAGAGGUGGGAGGACUGCGUCUGCUCCCCCCCCCCGCCGUGAGCCGCUGCGCAGGCGCCCACUCGGUGUGCGACGUGCAGCUGAGCCAGGUGUCCCCGGCCAGCUUCACGCCGCUCAGUCCAGUCUGCAGCAUGUUCAGCGUGGACUUCAGCAAACCAGUAAGCAGCGCCUUCCAGACCCACUCCUCCCAGUUUGUGGCUCGGGGCAGCGGCAGAGGUCAGGUCGUCCUGUCCUGGUGGGACCUCCACAUGGAUCCCGCCGGAGACGUCGUGUGCUCCAUGGCGCCCAGCUGGAUGUAUGCUGACCCAAAGGGGGCGCCGUGGCGGGAUCACUGGAUGCAGAGCGUCUACUUCCUGCCUGAGGAGAGUCCGGUGACGGAGGGCGCCGAGCUCUGUCUGACGGUCUGCCAUGACGCCUACAGUCUGUGGUUCAGCGUGCAGCCGCACAGCCAGAAGGACCAGCAGACUGAAGCUCCUCCCCCUCGACCCAACUGCACCUGCCAGGCUCACCUGGUCUGGACUCGGCCGCGGUUCGGGGAGCUCAAUGACAGACGGCGUACGGAGCGUUAUGUUCAGGCUCUGCGCAGCGUUCUGAAGGAAGACGGCGUCUGUCUGAGCGUCAGCGAUGGAAGUCUGCUUCCUGUGUUGGCUCACCUGCUGGGAGCUAAGAAGGUCUACAGCUUGGAGAACUCCAGAAUGUCCAAACAGGUGAUUGAGCAGGUCAUGGAGGCGAACGGCGUAACGGCAGGUGUGGAGCUGCUGGAGAUCAGAGCAGAUCACCUGAGCAGGAACGACCUCGGAGACCAACAGGUCUCACUAUUGAUGGGGGAGCCGUUCUUCAGCACCAGCCUCUUACCGUGGCACUCCCUGUUCUUCUGGUACUGUCGCUCCGCCCUGUCGGGCCUCCUGCGACCCGACGCCACCAUCCUGCCAUGCUCCGCCUCCCUGCAUGUGGCAGCUGUGGAGUUCCAGGACUUGUGGAGGAUUCGAGCCCCGUGUGGUCGAUGUGAAGGCUUCGAUGUCUCUCCCAUGGAUGAGAUGGUUCAGCGCUCUCUGGACUUCCGGGAGUCGCGGGAGGCGGAGCCCCACCCCCUGUGGGAGUAUCCGUGCCGAGCUCUGACCCCGUCCGCCGCUGUCAUGACGUUCGACUUCACCCAGUGUGUCCCCACCCAGCCAAUCAGCAGCCAGGGCUCCCUGCCUCUGGUCAGGAGCGGUCGCUGCCAUGGAGUCGUGCUGUGGAUGGAGUAUCAGCUGACUGAUGACAUAAGCGUCAGCACAGGUCUGACUGCACCAAUCAGUGAACAGGGCGGCUGUGAAUGGAGUCGGCACAGGAAGCAGGCGGUGUACUUCCUGCGGUCGCCGUGGCAGAGUUCAGGUGACGGCGGCGCCGCGCUGUCUUACAGCUUCACCUUUGAACCCGGCUCAGGUGAUGUUAGGAUGGACUUCAGCGUCGGCGCUCUGUGACGACAGACAGUCUGGAGAUUCACUCUGGAAAUGUUUUCUAUGAUUUAUUUGGAUUUCAUUCUGAAACUCAAACAUAAAUGAUUCCUUUACAAAAAGAUGGAGUCCGUCAUGUUAAAGUAUAACAGGUUUUAUUCAGCUCUGAAAACAGAAUCUUACUGAAUCUUUUUCCUCAAAUAUUCAAUAAAACCAAAUAAUUGAUUA